AUGGCUUCCUACUCCGCCAUCGGGCCCGAGCCCACAGAGGCCGAUCCUAUGACUUCGAGUACGGGGUCGCUUCGAGGCAGACGGAGAGGUCGAGGAAAGCAAGACGUUGGAUUCAAAGGCCAGGCGACAUGGAUAUCAAGUGUCAUCAACCUGGCGAACACCAUUCUCGGUGCCGGCCUCCUUGCCAUGCCUUCCGCGCUCUCGAAAAUGGGCAUCUUCCUCGGCAUCUUUGUCAUCGCGUGGGCGGGUGCAACAGCAGGCUUUGGUCUCUACCUCCAGACGCGAUGCGCGCGGUAUAUUGACCGGGGCCAUGUGUCUUUUGCGACACUGUCGCAGAUGACAUAUCCGAACCUGUCCAUCAUCUUUGACGCUGCGAUUGCGAUCAAGUGCUUCGGCGUGGCUGUCAGCUACCUUAUCAUCAUCGGAGAUCUGAUGCCGGGCGUUGUUCGGGGUUUCGCGCCUGGUGCGAGCGACAUCACGUUCCUAGUUGACAGGCAGUUCUGGAUUACGGCCUUCAUGCUCAUCGUUAUCCCCCUCUCCUUCCUCCGCCGCCUCGACUCCCUCAAGUACACCAGCGUCAUCGCCCUCUUCUCCAUCGCCUACCUUGUCAUCCUAGUCGUAGCACAUUUCCUCAAAGGCGACACCCUCGCCGACCGAGGUACCGUCCGAGUCUUCGAAUGGGCGGGCCCCGUCUCCGCCCUCGCCGCCUUCCCCGUCAUCGUCUUCGCCUACACAUGCCACCAGAACAUGUUCUCCAUCCUCAACGAAAUAGCAGACAACUCGCACUUCCAGACCACGACCGUCAUCUUCGCGUCCAUUGGCGGCGCAUGCGGUCUUUACAUCCUAACGGGAAUCACGGGUUAUCUAUCGUAUGGCGACAACAUCCACGGCAACAUUGUCUCCAUGUACCCGACUGCAGCAGCUAGUACCAUUGGCCGCCUCGCCAUCGUUAUCCUCGUCAUGUUCUCUUACCCCCUCCAAAUCCAUCCCUGUCGUGCCAGCAUCGACGCAUGUCUAAAGUGGCGUCCAGGCCGCCUGCGCAAACACAAGCACAAGCAAUCCGAAGUCGGCAGCCCAUCUCGCAACUCACUCAUCACCAAUACCCCGAAGCCCUCGCCCCCGCCCAAAGCGAGCGAGAUGAGCGAUUUGAAAUUCGCAGUCAUUAGCACGGUACUUAUUAUCCUGUCGUUUGUUACCGCCAUGACGUUUUAUCUUGCCCGGAUUGUUUUAUUACAAGAUUAG